GGUAUUCGAUUUUAUUUAUGUAAUUCUCAUGUUAUUUAUCUUUUCUGUUGAAACCUCUCUUUCUCGAAACUACUAAUAUUAGGGUUUUCUGGGUUUGAGACCACGAUCUUAUCGAAUUAUUAAUAUCCUUUUUUUUUCCUGUUUCAAACAUAGGGUUUUAGUGCAUGAGAUCGAAUAAUAUUUAUUUUUGUUUCCGUUUCUAGGGUUUAUUCAAUUUUUUGCGUUUUUACGUUGCAAUUUUUAUUGAAAUUCAGAUUUCUGGAGAAGUGAAUUUUGCGGUAAGCGUAAUUUAGAAUUUGUAAUCCGUAUUCUCAUGGAGGAUUCGAAUAUAAUAUGAGCUCUAAAUUGAUUUUAUGUUUGCAACUUUGUUUUGUUUAUGUUUUUUUUUAAUUGGUUUGUGAAUUUUGAUUAUAACUAAAUUUAUGAAUUUUGCAUGGUUGUGAAUUACUAUAUUGCAGGUUUUUGGAAGCUAACUUAUUGUUGGAGGUGGAGAGAUAUGGCUGACUUUGGUUUGUUCUGUUUCCCUUGUUUAAUGGAAGUUGUUUCAUCAUCAUCAUCAUCUCUGUGAUUGUAAUUGAUCUCACACCAUGUCUGAUUACAAUGGUGAUGAUCUUGAAGAUGAAUAUAUGGCUGAUGAGUAUGACAUGGAUGAUCUCGAGGAUGAUAUGAAUGCCGCGUUUGAUGGAAGAGAUAUCGAUGCUUCUGAUUCCGAAGUCGAAGAUUUCGAUCAAUUGAACAAGGCUGCAGAUACUUCUGCUGCUCAAGCACGGAAUGGGAAGGAUAUUCAGGGUAUACCGUGGGAUAGUCUUACUCUUACUAGAAAAGAUUACAGAAAAACUAGGCUAGAACAAUAUAAAAACUAUGAAAAUAUACCCAAUUCUGGUGAUGAAUCUGCCAAGAAAUGCAUGAAUACUGAGAAAGGCAGCUCUUUCUAUGAGUUCAGAAGGAAUUCUAGAUCCGUGAGAUCAACGAUUCUCCAUUUUCAGUUGAGGAAUUUGGUCUGGGCUACCUCAAAACACGAUGUUUAUUUAUUGUCCAACUACUCCAUCAGCCACUGGUCUUCUUUGACAGGUUGUAGGAGUGAAAUUCUUAACGUUAAAGGUCAUGUGGCUCCGUCUGAGAAACAUCCCGAGAGUUUGUUGGAAGGAUUUACAGAGACUCAAGUUAGCACUCUUGCAGUAAAAGAAAGGCUACUAGUUGCUGGUGGAUUCCAAGGAGAACUCAUUUGCAAGCAUCUCGAUAGACCUGGUGUGAGCUUCUGCUCACGCACAACUUACACCGAAAACGCUAUCACCAAUGCAGUAGAUAUAUAUAGAAACUCCAGCGGCGCACUGCAUUUCAUGGCCUCAAAUAAUGACUGUGGAGUCAGAGACUUUGACAUGGAGAGAUAUAAGCUUGUCCAACUCUUCCGUUAUCUAUGGCCCGUCAAUCAUAGUUCCCUAAGUCCUGAUGGAAAACUAGUAGCAGUCGUUGGAGAUGACCCAGAUGGUCUACUGGUAGACACAAGUAACGGACAGACGAUCGGGACGCUAAAAGGUCACUUAGAUUAUUCAUUUGCAUCAGCUUGGCAUCCAAACGGUGUAACAUUUGCCACAGGAAACCAAGACAAGACCUGUCGUAUUUGGGACACAAGGAAACUCUCGGAAUCAGUCGCUGUCCUAAAAGGUAACCUUGGAGCCGUACGGUCCAUUAGGUUCACAUCUGACGGACGGUACGUUGCCAUGGCCGAGCCAGCAGAUUUCGUUCAUAUCUAUGACACAAAAUCAGGAUACAAAAAGGAGCAAGAGAUUGAUUUCUUUGGAGAGAUUUCUGGGAUAUCGUUUAGCCCAGAUACUGAAUCUCUCUUCAUCGGUGUUUGGGACAGGACUUAUGGAAGUCUCUUGGAGUAUGGUCGAACCAGAGACUACACUUAUCUCGAUUCAUUACUUUGAUGGAAAUUUAAGCUAAGCCUAAAGAAAAAAAACUUACGUAAAAAUAAUUUGUUAUACGCCGUCUUGGUUAGGUUUCAUAAUCAUAUCGACAAAAGAAAAGAAAGAGAGACCAUGGUUCGAUUCACAAGCUGUUCAUUUAUGUAAUUUGUUGUAAAAAUUGUACAUUUUCCAUGAACUUGGGAAUUUGUUUUUGGGAUCAUAAGUCAAACUCACAUUCUUCGAAAAUCUUCUAGAUUUAGUUCCAAGAUAUUAGAAAAGAUUUUUAAGC